AUGACUUUAUUUCUGAAUAUUUACACAAUUCCUAUCAAUCGAUCUUGUAGUCACACGUACCGUAGUCGACUGAAAGAUCUCUUCCGUCCCCGCUCUCCGCGGCAGUACCUCGGACAGGCCCCUGCUUGGACAAGGAUUGCUAGAGCAGCUUAUUCAACCGAUUCAGCCAGUGGUAAAUCGGAGCAUUCUUCCAAGAUGGCCGAGAAAGCUGCUAAGAAGGGGCCGUCAAUCCCAAGGCCCAGUUCAAGCGUGAUCCUUGUUUCUCCGACAAACGAAAUACUCCUACUUCAUCGAGUGCAGACGUCUUCAUCCUUCCCGUCAGCACACGUCUUCCCGGGAGGCAAUAUCUCCCCUUCCCAGGAUGGGGAAUGCCCACCUCCUGAGGAUCCCAAGAGUCAUGACGAUGCGAUCCACUACCGACGGGCGGCGAUUCGGGAGCUGUUUGAAGAAAGCGGCAUCCUGCUAGCCCGGGAUCGGUCCACGGGCCAGAUGGUCCACGUGGAUGAGGCAGAGAGGGAGCGAGGACGACACGCCAUCCACAGGGAGGAAAUUACUUUUCAGAAAUGGCUCGAGGAGCAGAAUUCGGCGGCGGAGCCUGACACAGACGCAUUGAUCCCCUUCACGCAUUGGAUCACACCAACCAACCUGCCCAAGCGAUUUACCACGCAGAUGUAUCUCUACUUUCUGCCCGUGCCGGAAGAGUCCGAUAAUAAGCUGCUGCUGGUGGCGCAGGGCCUGCCGGCCUCGGGGCGGGAAGAGAUUCAGGUUCAGGUUCCCACGUCGGACGGAGGCGUCGAGAUCAUGGAGGCCAGGUUCCUGCCGGCGUGCGACUGGCUUGGAAAGGCGCGCAGCGGGGAGAUCAUUCUCUUCCCGCCGCAGUUCUUACUGCUGCAUCUCAUCUCGCAGUUCCUGGACCAGGAGCCUCGACAGGGCGCUUCGUCGGAACAACUAAAGCGACGGAGAUCAGAGCUGCUUGAGUUCAUCCACUCUGGCAGUCCCCCGUGGACGCACAAAUACAUCUGUCCUAAGAGCAUGAAAUUGUUGCCGGAUAACAGAUCGGUCCUGGCUCUGGACAGCCCUGGGCCGGAAUUACGAGGGUCAGACAAGAAGGGAGAGGAGCACCGAGUUAUUCUUGUGAGAUUCAGCAAGGAAGGGCCUCGGAACCUCGAGGUACGGUGGAAGAAGGAUAUUUUGAGGGCUGAUUCUAAGAGUAAUUUGUAA